AUGUUGAUAGGAUCUGCGAUCGGUAGUGAGUUCGCCCAAUUACCGAGUGCCCCGUGGAGCAUGGAACCUCCGAGGGCUCCACUGCCCGGUCAAGGAUCGCUACCUCCUCCGCCGCCGACGCUCCAGCUCUCACCGACCGUCGGCCUCUCACCUAACCUUCCUUCGCCCGGUUCAGUUCAGCCCACGACGAACUUGUUCGGUGCCGCGGCGGCUGCUGCAGCAGCGGGAGCAGCCGGAACCGCCAACGCACACGCCCUGGCCGGCCUGGUGUCGCAACACCGGCUGCUAGAGCUGUCCCGCUUCGGUCUGCGCGGCUACGAUCUGGCACAGCAUAUGCUCACCCAGCAGGGGGCCGUCUCGAAGCUGUUGGGCACUCUAAGGCCACCUGGUCUGAUUGGAGGCUCCAAACCGAAGGUAGCGACACCGGCCGUCGUUUCCAAGAUCGAACAGUACAAACGGGAAAAUCCGACCAUCUUCGCGUGGGAAAUCCGGGAGCGCCUCAUCUCGGAAGGUGUUUGUACAAAUGCGACUGCUCCGUCGGUGUCCUCUAUCAACCGAAUCCUGCGUAAUCGGGCUGCAGAAAGAGCGGCGGCUGAGUUUGCUCGGGCGGCUGGCUAUGGGCUCUAUCCACCACCGCCAUACGGUGGAUUUCCUUGGCCAACUCCCACCCAUCUGUGGUCCCCGGGACAAGGACUACCCAAUAUGUCGCAGCCUGGGGGUAGCACUACCCCCGGUACGAUUGGAUCACCCGGUUCCGGUUCGCAUGAGACACUCGGAUCGCCAGACGGAAAUCGAUUAAUCGACAUUGAGGGCGAAGACUCCAACAGCCUGGACGGCGAUCAACCAAAGUUUAGACGUAACCGCACCACCUUCAGCCCGGAGCAGCUCGAGGAGCUGGAAAAGGAGUUCGACAAGUCGCACUAUCCCUGCGUCAGCACGCGCGAACGUCUCGCGUCUCGUACCUCCCUCAGUGAAGCCCGCGUACAGGUUUGGUUUUCCAACAGACGGGCGAAAUGGCGACGUCAUCAAAGAAUGAAUCUUUUAAAAAGGUCCACCUCGCCGAGCACGCGUGCGGCGGCGGUGGCGGGAACGGCAAGUUCCGCUUUCACCCCUGGCUCCCCGCCGCCGCCGCCGCUGCAGCAGCAGCAGCAACAGCAGCCGCCGCCGCCAACCGGGUCGCAGCCGCCAGCGCCGGGCUCAACGGGACCGGCGGCCCUGGCCCAUUCCCAGCACCCUUCCUCCGGUUCGCCGGGAGCGGGCCCUCCCCUGCCCGGUCACCACCAUCUUCCCCAUCAUCUUCAGGGGGCGACAGGAUUGCACCAUCCGCACCAUCCGCACCACCAUCUCACCCACCCGCACCAUCAUGCGCUUCAUCCGCACCACUUUCACCAGCAGCCGCCUCCGCCACCACCGCCGGGCUCGGCGGCUGCAUCCCAUCAGCCAGGGGGCUCCUCCUCUCAGCUGCCACCCCAUCACCACCAUCACGCGGCCCAUCUGCACCCCAACCGAUCCAACUCGCCGGCGGCCCAGGCAGCACAGGCGGCGGCCGCCCUGGGAGCCCAGGCGGCAGCGGCAGUAGCGGCGGCACAGGCGGCGCAAUCAUUAGUCACAGCAUCAACUCCAUUAUUAAUGGGCGGUGAGCAUAGCGCGUUCCGGUCGCUCGUGCCAACGUCGGCGGCGGCCCUAUUCGCGGGUUUGUCGCGCUCGUACGCCGCCACCACCGGUUCCUCCAACCUGGACUCAGCCAGCCCGGCACCGAGCGACGAUUCGGACGAGGAAAUCAACGUGCACGACGACGAUUCCAACGAUGAACCGCACGAAACGGGCGGGACUGGGCGUCCAACGAAUGGUGGCGGUUCGCGUCAUCGCCGUCGCCGUCGCUCCAGUUCCGUCACCGCUUUUACCGACUCCUCCUCCGGUCCCUCCGGUCCACUGCAACUCACCAAACACGAACGCACACCGCAACAGUGA